GCUAUACUGUGAUUUUUAGUGAAUUGUAAGUGUGUAUUUGGAGGUGUUGCAUGGUGAUUUUAGUGUGUUUUGGCGUAGUUUCGAGUUUUAAUUGUUUUGGAUGUGUAAAAUAAUCUGCCUGCAUGUGCCAAACACAUGACACAUUGGGUCAGCCUGGCUCUGCGACGGCGCUGGACCAAAACAAAACACUGGCAGCUGAGGAAGUUACAGCUGAUUCAAGGUUAUCAACAUGGGGCGCAGUGCACAUUGCAGUAAGUGCUGCAUAUGUGGGAAAAAGAAGAGCACGCACCCGGGAACAAGACUACACUUGUUCCCGAAAGAUCCAAGAAGGUACUGUUCGUGUGUGUGAAAGGACGCUUGCAAUGGCUGCAGGCGCUCAAUAUCACCUAUAAAAGUGAAUCACAGGCUGUCUGCACUGACCAUUUUGACUCCAAAUGGCAUGCCUGUAAAGGGCGGCUGCUCAACAAUGCAGUGCCAAACUCUGUAGAUGGCUGUGAUGAACAAGGCACUGACACUUAUCAGGAUUGGCAAGAGGACAUAGAUGCCCCUAAAAUGGGAAACACAGAUGUCAUUUCAGAAGAACUGCCGUUCAAUUAUAAGUAUGAUGUCAGCUUUGGGGAAAUCAAUAGUACCCGAGAUACAGCAGACUCCUUGAUUCGAGUUCCCAGUCCUGUGGAGGCCACAUUACAUAAUGUAACUCAUGGAGGAGAUCACAGCAACAUGAACCACCAAGAGCCACACACUACGGCAUCCUCCUUACCAGCUUCUAGUCUGACUCCUGAAGAUCUUGAUGCAGGUGAUCAUGAAAGUGACCCAGAAGACACUGAGUAUAGUUCAGAUGAUGAUCUUGCUUUCUGGCAAAAGAUGAAAAGACAUGCAAAACAAAGGAAUAAAAAGUUAUAUAGAAAAAAAUUUUUCCACAAGUAUUCUCAGGAUCAGAGUAAUUCAAGAAACUCUCCAGUGAACAGUCAGAUUGAUCAAAAUUUGCGAUCAACAAGAGAAGAUAACGAGACAUCUAAUAAAGUGAGCAGUGUUGUGAAGAGAUCAGGAAAUGAUGAUUGGAUAACUGAUGAUGAAGAUGAUGAUGAUGAUCAUGAAAACAUUGACUUGGCUUUCAAGAGAGAGUGGGAAGAGAAACGUCUUCCACACAACAGUAAGGAGAAGAACUUUGUAUGCAGCAUUUGUGGGAAGGCAUAUUCAAAGCCCAGUUUCUUGAGAGCACAUAUUGUCAGAAAUCACAAAGAACAUGAAGAAGCCAAGAGGUACCCACAUUUUUGUCCACAUUGUAGGAAAGUUUAUGUCAGAGAGAAAGAUCUGAUGAAACACCAACAGCAAUUCAGUGGGCCAUGUGAAAUAUGUGGAGUGGUGCUGGGAUGCAGUGAUCUGUUUUGGGCACACAGAAGAGAUCAUGACAGUGUAUGUAAAGUGUGCAACAAGGAAUUCACAAAAAUGAGUUCAUUAUACAUCCACAUGAAGAUAGAACACUCAAAAAAUCCAUUAUCUUGCUCAGUCUGUGAUAAACGAUUCCAUUGUGAAUCCUUAUUGAAAAAGCAUUUUACAAACAUACAUGAUAAUCUUACAGUACGAAAAACAAUAACCAAAUGUGACAAGUGUGAUUUCUCAGCUAAGACACAAAGGGCUCUAAGAAUUCACCAGGGUUUGGUCCAUGGUCUGAAACCUGAUUUGUUUCCUUGUAAGAAAUGUAAAAAGACAUUUAGCACUCAGGUAACUUAUAAAAAUCACAUUGCCACCCACAGAAAAAGAAGCAUUAUUUGUCCUUUGUGUUCUGAAAAAUUUACAUCAGAGGAUGAAUUACAAACACACAGAAUAUCUGUCCAUGAAGUUUCUGAUAGUGUAGGUAGUGGAAAGGAAACACUAUCAAGCCAUCUAGAUAGCAGCCAUUUGUCACAGUAUGCAUGUGCCUUAUGUAACAUAACAUUGGGCAGUAAUGAAGACAUGUCUCAGCACAUGCACAAGUAUCAUGACAUGGACAUAGAUUCUCCCAGGGAAAUAAGACUACAAAUUGAACGUGUCCAUCUUUCAGAAAUUGACAAAAAUGCUAAAGGUGUGUGGGUUGUAGGCAGUGAGGAGACAUACCCUCAGGAGCUAGACAAACCCACAACCAGAGACUUGUCCACACACUUUGGCAGCUCCAGUGAUAAGUCAUCUUUGCUUGUGCCAGCCAGUGCAAUGCCUCCAAAUGUGAAUGUGGUGGAGGUUAUUGGAGUGCAGUACCAUGUUGUCAGGGAAGACCAACAGCAUUAAUCUCUUGUGUUCAUGUAGUGUAUCAUCCAUUUAUCAUUUUAACCCUUAUAGUGUGACAGGAAGGAUUGUGCAUUUUAUGGCAUGCAACUCCACUCCCGAUUGUGGCUUUCUUAAAAAACCAUGCAUAUUUUAUGACACACAGGCUGUUUAUGCUUGAGGCUGUGUGUCAUACAUCAAGCCCUAUCAUUGGUCCUUUGUUUCCAGCUUAAUGGAUACUUGGCCAAUCAUGCCCCAACUUUUACCAUGUUUUGUUUAUGUUGAGUCUCCAGAUCUUCCCACCUAGAGUACACUUUUAUGACGGGAGUUGUAGUUUAUUACUUUUGAUGAAUUUGUAGGAAAGACAGCAGAUGUAUAUGUAUUUCCAUGAGUAAACAAGUAUUUCAGGCAUAUGAAAUGGUGCAUAAUACUUGAUGAUUGUUAUUUUGUUUUAAAUGACUGAGACAGGAGUGAAUGGUGCAGCAGUUUUGUGUGUGACAAGUGUGAGGUGACUCUGAAGGUCUCUGAUCUAAAGGAAAUUAAGUUUGAUUAAUUUCCUUAAACAAGUGAUGAGGAAUAUGACACAGAUGACUUAGCUAGCCAUGGAAUACAGUGAUGAUUCUGCCGUGUUUACAUUUCUGAAUAAAUCCUGGCAAGAAACAUUGUAACCUUCCAAAUGGCAUGUAACCAUUUGUUAAUUUAUGAUUAUACCAUAGCAAAGAGCAACUCCUAAGCUUUCAGUUCAUAAUUGUGCUAAUCUUUGUUAAUGUGAUAUGACAACUCUAAAGUAAGAAAGGGAACACCUGUUAAGAGCCAUCCACAUAUCUUAUCAAUAAGGCCUUAAAAUGCUGUCCAUUAGCCCCCCUUGUCUGCAAGUAUGUGAAAUAAAGAAAAUUAUUCGA